GGGGAGGAAGUCGUCUGCGCAGGCGCUCUGGGACCGUGAGGAUUUCUGGGUAAAAAUGGAUGUCCAUGAUUUGUUUCGCCGGCUCGGCGCUGGGGCGAAAUUUGACGUGAAACGGUUCUCGGCCGAUGCAGCUCGAUUUCAGAUCGGAAAAAGGAAAUAUGGCUCUGAUGAGGUACUGCAGAGUCUGGACUUCUUUGGAAACAAGAAGUCUGUCCCAGGUGAGUGUGGUACAACACAAACACACCAGGAGCUCCAAAAUGAAGCGAAGAAAGAAGAGAGCCUGACUGAAAGCAAGAGGGAGCCGAACAAGAAAAAGAGGAAGAAGAUGAUUUCAGAAAUUACUUCUCAUGAAGAAGGUACUACUAUACAGUGGAUGUCAUCUGUGGAAGCAAAGAUUGAAGAUAAAAAAGUUAAAGGAGAAAAUAAACUAACUUCAGAGAAGUUGGAAAAUCUCCGAAAAGAAAAGAUAAACUUCUUCCGGAAUAAACACAAAAUUCAUGUCCAAGGAACUGAUCUUCCUGAUCCAAUUGCUACAUUUCAGCAACUUGACCAGGAAUAUAAAAUUAAUUCUCGACUGCUUCAGAACAUCCUAGAUGCAGGUUUCCAUAUGCCAACACCAAUUCAAAUGCAAGCCAUUCCAGUUAUGCUGCAUGGUCGGGAACUUUUGGCUUCUGCUCCUACAGGAUCUGGGAAGACUUUAGCUUUUAGCAUUCCUAUUUUAAUGCAGCUGAAACAGCCCACAAAUAAAGGCUUCAGAGCGCUGAUUAUCUCCCCAACACGAGAACUUGCCAGCCAGAUUCACCGAGAGUUAAUUAAAAUCUCUGAGGGAACGGGAUUUAGGAUACACAUGAUCCACAAAGCAGCAGAGGCAGCCAAGAAAUUUGGACCUAAAUCAUCCAGGAAGUUUGAUAUUCUUGUGACUACUCCAAAUCGACUCAUCUAUUUAUUAAAGCAAGAUCCACCAGGAAUAGACCUGACAAGUGUUGAAUGGCUGGUGGUAGAUGAAUCAGACAAACUGUUUGAAGAUGGCAAAACUGGAUUUAGAGACCAGCUGGCUUCCAUUUUCCUGGCCUGUACAUCCCACCAAGUCAGAAGAGCUAUGUUCAGUGCAACUUUUGCAUAUGAUGUUGAACAGUGGUGCAAACUCAACUUGGACAAUAUCAUCACUGUAUCCAUUGGUGCAAGGAAUUCUGCAGUAGAGACUGUAGAACAAGAACUUCUCUUUGUUGGGUCUGAGACAGGAAAACUUCUGGCCAUGAGAGAACUUGUUAAAAAGGGUUUCAAUCCACCUGUUCUUGUUUUUGUCCAGUCCAUUGAAAGGGCUAAAGAACUUUUUCAUGAGCUCAUAUAUGAAGGUAUUAAUGUGGAUGUUAUUCAUGCAGAAAGAACACAGCAACAGAGAGAUAACACAGUUCACAGCUUCAGAGCAGGAAAAAUCUGGGUUCUUAUUUGUACAGCCUUGCUUGCAAGAGGGAUUGAUUUUAAAGGUGUGAACUUGGUCAUCAAUUACGAUUUUCCAACCAGCUCAGUGGAAUAUAUCCAUAGAAUAGGUCGAACUGGAAGAGCAGGGCAUAAGGGAAAAGCUGUUACAUUUUUUACUGAAGAUGACAAACCAUUAUUAAGAAGUGUUGCCAAUGUUAUCCAGCAGGCCGGUUGUCCUGUACCAGAAUACAUAAAAGGUUUUCAGAAACUACUAAGCAAACAAAAGAAAAAGAUGAUUAAGAAACCAUUGGAAAGGGAGAGUAUUAGCACAACUCCAAAGUAUUUCUUAGAGCAAGAUAAAGGUAAACGGAAAAAGGUCACUGGCCAGAAGAGCAAGAAGGUAGCUCUUGAAAACAAAAGUUAAAAAACAGACUUUUUAAAGACUAUCACAGAAAUGUAAUUUUAUGGUCCCAGCAUGAAUGUUCUUCACAUAGAAUACUUCAGGGCUUGUAAUCACUGCUACCAAACAUUUGGAAUCAACUGCAAGUACAUAAAACUGUGAGGAAUGAUCCUAAACUAUUAAUGUAUCAUGUCAGAUUUUAAUUAAGGUGAAAACUGUACAAUGGAAACUGCAUUCAUUGAUACUUCUGUGGUUGAAUCCAGAGAGAUACUUCUUAUAGAAGAACAAAACCUUAUGCUAAAUAACACCCAAAUGUGGUGAACUCUUAAGCAUUUUUCCCUUCAAGUGUGAAGGAAAGUGUGAUGUAUGCCAUGGAGAGACAUCAGGAACACAAUUUAAAAUAAAGCCUUAAGAAAGCCUUAAGAUUGUUCCUCCUACCCCUUCACACAAUUAUUUGCUUUUUUUUUCUGGAUGGACAAAAAACAACAGCUAGCUACCAGAUAGAAACCUACUGCUUCUUUACUAUUAAUUUGUUGAUAGCCUUUGGUGUGUGAACAGUAGAGAUGUGUCAUGUGUGGCUGGUGUUCAAGUUCCCUAAAAUUGUAAAUUGUUUGGUCUAUUAAGUAUCCUUAUACCUCAUUGGUAAGAUGCUUGCACUUAGCCGUCAUAAUGUUGGAGCUACAAGACGAUGAUCAGCCUCUCCCUUCAUCCUCCGUCAUUUAAUCAUGCUCCUUCCUGUCUCUUCAUUCAAGAUGAUUUCGUUCAAAACUGAUAAAUCAUUUAUCUGGAUAAGGAGGGAAGUUCAUGUUGUUCUGUACACUUCUGGCCUCAUUCUCUUACAGCUUCUCUUUCCUGAGGCUUGAUGGCCCUUCAUCCUUAUGAGCACAUGGUGACUGAGGCUAUUGUUGAUAAGCCACGUUUGUUUCAGUUACUAGUUUUGUACAGUAGAAUUUAAAAACACUUUAUACAAUAAGGCACUUAAACUGGUGCCCUGGAAUGACACAAUCAUUAUCCAUAUCACCACAAUACUAUAUGGGGAACUCCUCAGCAGCUUUUGAAUUAAACUUGGUUUACUUGACCUUCUGUUCUAGAGUCAGAACAGGUACACUCUGCCUUGAAUACAGCAGAUGGGAUAAAAACUGCUUAUCUUACAAAUACAUGGUUUUUUGUUCUUAUGAAGAGAUCCUCGUUCAGCAUAUAUUCUGGAGAUAUAUGUAAUCCAUUUUUUUCAUCUCUGAAACUAUAUAUAUCCCAAGUAGGAAGUCUAGCACUGUGCUUGAAACUACUAUAGUAAAUCCACAACAAAUAUUCCUUUAUAAGCUCUUAAGAUUUUUGUAGGAAUAUAAAGCUUGAUAAUUACUCCUGCCUCUACAGUUAACAGUGGAGAAAAGUGAAUGAACAAAGAGUGUGCAAAUGCUAUUAGAUACAAGGCCAUGUUGGGGAAGCACCGUGGGGAUGCCGUCUAACCCAGAUCCAGGAUAUCAUGGAAGGCUAACAUCCUGAAUUGAGUCCUGCAGAUUCAGAAAUUAAUAAGCAAAGAAAAUGAACAAAGUAUCCCAGGCACAAAGAUCAUAUCUUCUGCAAUCUUUGAAAUAUUCCCUUAUUUUUUUCUUUUUAAGUAUUCUAUCCUGUGUAACCACCCUAUCCGCAUCAAUUUAUUUUGUCAAUCGAUUAAUUCUGACAUUAAACUCCUUUAUACCA